AUGGACGUUGAGGCAGAGCUUAAUGAAUUUUUCGCGGGCUCAUUUCCCGAUGGGAUCCCCAAGGAUAUCCUUGCCGAGCUCCUCUCCAUCUUGCGGGUGCAUUCGAUCACCGCGGAGGAGCUCUUUUACAAAUGGGAAUCAUACAGCAUAAAGAUGGGCGAGGGGCCGACACGCAGAGAAACGAAGCACAAACAUGGGAACCCCGCGGGCGCGGCUGCAGCUGGCGGCGAUAUGUUUGGGAUGUUCGAUCAAUUGACACCAACUGCCGCGAAUGCUCGAUCUGGGAAUGGGUUUGGAUCCGUAAAGCGCAAGGCCGAAUUCACCUCUCCCGCUACACCAAGAGUCAGCAAGUUCGAAAAGCUUGGAUCACAAGCGGGCACGAAAACACCAACUGGGACACCCGGCGACGGAACGCAAGCAGUUCCGUUCUCUGAUCGAACGAAUCCUGGCCAGACGAUAGAAACCCUCAAUGCGCACAUAUCAUUGCCAGAACCCCCAAUGGUGCCAUUUUCAGAGGCGCGCAUUAGACCUACGGCGAAUACGGACCUUAAAAAGCUUGGCUACAAGCCCAUGGGCAUGAAAUUGUCAGAAGCAUCGGAGAUUUUGGAUGAUCGUAUCGACGAGUUCGCGACUAUAUUUCAGGCAGAAUUCAAUUCAGACGAUAUUACAUUCGGCAGUGCAGCCAUCCAGAGCACAAGCGAGAUUAUUGCUGUCGGACGGAUCGCUUCUGACAGUCUCGAGGGAAAAUUGAACGCAGCUUCCCUUGUGCUUGAGACUUCGCGUCGGACUGGAGCCGGUAGACGAGUUCCCUUGAAGGUCGAUUCGGUGCCUGCAGUGAACUUCUUCCCAGGCCAAAUCGUGGCUCUCCGAGGAAUCAACCCUUCUGGCGAAUAUUUCACCGUCAAGGAAGUGCUCCCAGUUCCUCUGAUGCCACCAGCCGUAUCUUCAGCUGCGACACUGGAUAGCAUCAACGAGCGGCUUGGUGGAGAUGGAAGCCCACCGCUUAACUUGAUGGUUGCGGCCGGGCCCUACACAGCGGACGACAACUUGGACUUUGAGCCACUACAGGAACUAUGCCAGAAAGCAGCCGAAAGCUACGCCGAUAGUUUGGUGCUGAUGGGUCCGUUCCUGGACAUUGAGCACCCUCUUCUUGCAUCGGGCGAUUUCGACUUGCCAGAUAUCAAGGGCAUCGACCCGGACACAGCUACACUUUCUUUAAUGUUCCGACACUGUAUCUCGGCGCCACUGGCAAGACUUGCAGCCGCCGUCCCCAGUAUCACGAUCGUAAUGGUCCCGUCGGUGCGCGAUGCACUCAGCCGCCACGUCUCCUGGCCCCAGGAGCAGCUCCUCAAGAAAGACACUGGUCUUCCCAAACAGGUUCGCAUGGUCUCGAAUCCUGUCACAUUAUCGUUCAACGAAAUCACUAUUGGAAUGUGUCCACACGACGUGCUCUCCGAGCUUCGCCGCGAAGAGGUCUUACAUGGUCGUCCCACAGAGAACAACCCCCUGCUCACCCGUCUGCCCAAGUAUCUCCCCGGGUCCGAAGGUGGCAUAGCUACAGGCGCUAUGGUGGAUCUACCCUACCUGAAACUGGGCGAGUGGUGGAACGUCCGUCCCGAUAUCUUAAUUGUGCCUAGUAUGCUACCGCCUUUCGUAAAGGUUGUCGACAGUGUGCUAGUCAUCAACCCAGGCACUCUAUCAAAGCGUCGCGCUGCAGGCUCAUACGCGCAAAUGUCCAUCCACCCCCGACUCGUGGCAGAGCACGAGCGUGAACAGAAACAGCUGAGUCACAACCUGUAUGAGCGGGCUCGAGUCGACAUCAAUCGUAUCUAG